AUGGCGGGUUCGAGUUCAAGCAGAGGAGACGGCGAUUAUACGGUCAUGGAGACAGAUCCUACAGGGCAAUACACAAGGUACAGUAAGCUGAUUGAUGAAGGCGAUCUUAAAAAAGUUUAUUUGGGAUAUGAUGAGACUAAUGGCAGAGAAGUUGCUUGGUGUAAGAAAUUUGUAUUACUUAAUAAUCUUGUUCAUUUGAUGAGAGAAGCUAUGUCUUUAAAGAGAUUUGAUCACGAAAAUGUAAUCAAAUGCUACCAUUAUUGGCCUUCUGGAUUACAGAACAAAGUUGAGUUUAACAUGAUUACUGAGCUUUAUUCUGGGAAUUUGAAGGAUUACACUCAGAAACAUCAGGUUAAAGAAAACAGUCCAGCAAUCAAGAAUUGGUGUCAACAGAUUCUGUCAGGGCUUGAAUUUCUUCACAGUCAAAAUGAACAGAUUAUUCACGGUGAUUUAAAGUGCGAAAACAUCUUUGUUGUUGGAAACUCAGGCAAGAUUAAGCUAGGAGAUUUGAGUGUCGCGACGACUGUUGAUAGUCCUGAGUACAAUGCUGUUAUUACUCGAAGGAUAGAGCGGUCUGAGAUGUACUGUGUUGGGUUGUGCGCGCUACAGAUGGUGAAUAAGGAUGCUGCAGACAGCACAUCGCGAAAAAUGGAUUUUAGGCUGUUAAAAAAAGUACAAGACCAAGGGCUUAAGAGCUUCAUUCAGGUGUGUGUGUUUUUUGAAGAUGUCGGAACUACAAUAACUCAACUCCUGAAACACCCGUUUCUUGCACCGAGGACUGCGCCUUCUGACAGCACAUCAGUACUAUUUCCCUGGCCCUUGCCUACAAUUCAACUGCAGCCUACUGCUACCAUCACUAGUGCAGCUGCAGAGCCUGAGGGUGAUGUCGACGACAGUAACACAGCUGCUGCUUCUGAAAAUGCCCCACUGAUAGCAGAAACACUCGCAGGACGGGAAGGUGACACGUCUAAUGGGAGUGAUUAA